AAUAUCCAGAGCUUCAAGCAAUCAUUGGAUCCACGGUGUAUUUGCCAUGUAAUCUCAGCACCCCAUCCCACGACGAUUCCAUUUCUUUGGUUCUGUGGUAUAAACGCGAAAAUCCAAAUCCAAUUUACACCCUGGAUGCUCGCAGUUCCUUCACAGCUGAUUCAGCCAAACACUUCUCGAGCAAGUACUUGGGAUCAAGAGCUUACUUUAAUGUCACAAUUAGAAAUCUGGGUCACUUGAGACUGAAUCCGGUGACGGAAGAGGAUGCGGGAGAAUACAGAUGUAGAGUGGAUUUUAAAAGAGGUCGCACUAUGAGUAGAUGGAUUACGUUAACUAUCGUUGUUCCUGUAAAGAAAGUUGUGAUAAAAGGAAAAGAUAAUUUCAGUUAUUCUGGAAUAAUUGGUCCAUUUAGAGAGGGAGAAGGUGUAACUUUGGUCUGUUUAGCCGUAGGGGGUUAUCCUACUCCUACACUAACAUGGCUUAAAGACUCCAAGACACUCAGAAGCACUCCAGCGUUUGAAGAUCAGCGGUCUGUCAAGAGUGAAUUAGUUUUACAUUCUCUCAGAAGAGAAGACCUAUUGACUGUGUUGACUUGUCAAGCGUCCAAUAGUAACAUCACCGAACCAAUUGAGACAUCUGUAACUAUUGAUAUGAUCU